AUUCCUUACACUUUUUACUAGAGUAAUGAAGUAAUGAUUCGUUUGCAAUUUCAUGCUCAAACCCGUCGCCGAUCAUGUCAGGGGGAGGAAUCGUCGUCGACACCAACCCUCUCGUAGCAUUCUGAAUCGACGUUCUUUGGUUAUCGUCGUUGAUUCAUCAUCGAGCUGCAAUUUUUACUCUAGGUGACUAGUUAUUUCUGUUCUAAAUCCCGAAAAGAUGAAUCGAUUGAAGGAGGGUUUGCGUUUCCUAUCGAAGAUCAAGUUUACCAGUCCCCACGAUGUCUCUAGGGUUCGUGAUUUUCCGAUUGUGUCUCGGCGAUUCGGAAGCAAAGUGGAUUAUCAAUUGACUAGGGACUUCCUCGUGAAGCUUUGGGUUGCUGAUUUCAAAAUGAGAAACCCUAGAGGGAGGAGAGGUCAAAAUGAUGAUGGUGAUGGUGAUGGUGUUACCAGGAGGAGAGGUAAACAUGGGGUUGUGAAGCAACCUCCUGUUAGUCAAUCUGUCACUGGCUUCUUAGAACCACAUUCUCCACAAGAGGCCAUGGUAGCACCUCUGCUUGCCAGGUCCAACUUGCUAAUUACCAGAGAUAUCGAAUGGGCAAAUCUUGUACUUGGCUUUGAGCAGGAAAAUCGUUAUGCCAUUGUUGAUGCAUGCUACCCCCAGUCGCCUGUAGGGUUUAUGCGUGAACAGAGCAACGUCAUUACCAGACAGUUGCUUCGUCUACGGAGGCCUUUUGUUGCAUACAUAACUGAUGCUAUGGGGAAUGAACUCUUUAGAGUUCGCAGACCCUUUUGGUGGAUAACAAGCUCAAUUUAUGCGGAAAUUGAUGGUAAGGAAAUUGGAGUAGUUCACAGGCGGUGGCAUCUCUGGAGGAGAAUCUAUGAUUUGUACCUAGGGAAUAAGCAAUUUGCGGUGGUUGAGAAUCCUGGCUUGUGGAAUUGGACAUUCACCUUGAAAGAUAUUAAUGGUGAGGUUCUUGGUCAAAUAGAUCGUGAUUGGCGGGGUUUUGGCUUUGAGAUUUUGACUGAUGCUGGUCAGUAUGUGAUUCGAUUUGGGAGCUCUGAUCCCAGCUCCAAGAUUGGCCUUGCUUCUGCGAUUCAGGACCUGGAAGUCAGUCGCCCACUAACCCUUGCCGAGAGAGCUGUAGCAGUAGCACUUGCUAUAUCACUGGAUAAUGACUACUUCUCAAGACAUGGAGGCUGGGGAUUGCCAUUUAUGGCCGUCACUGAGUAAACUUGAUUUGACAGAGAGCAUCAUCUGGUUAUCUAUGAGCUGCGUAAUCUCUGAAGCCAUUCUUUACCAGGUAGUUUUGGAAAUUGGUGUUCUAAGCUGACACCAUGGUUGACUCUAUCACAUACUCAUGGUAGCUGAUACAGGGUCCAUUUCUUCCUAUGACAAAAUCACAAUUUUAAUUCUGGUAUUCAACUGGUGUCAAUGUUAGUAUAGUGGUUGUUAUAAUUUUCAAUAUUGUAACCAAUGUGACGGGAUAAUGAGACAAAAACUGAUUGAUUGAGGGUACACUUUUCUUGCAAAACAAGUUUUCUAGCAAGUAAUUGAGUUGCGCAAGGAAGAACUUGUACAAGAUAGACCUCAAAUCAAAUGCUACAAGAGAGAGCUCAUUCCACACGCCAGAUUUUGGUGGCGCAAUUGAUGAUCAAAAGCUCAAAAUGUUAUAUAAUCAAUUGAAAGUCAAUUAAUGCAUUUGUAA